UUUGACGGAACAAGGAAGUUGCUGCACCUGUUACUGCAGCUUCCUACCGACACCGUGUGCGAUUGAAAUAAUUAGUUGUGUUGCCGAUAAAGAUGGCAGAUGCUGAGGAGGAAGGCGGACCAGGAGCGGAGGUGCAGCAGCAUCACCUCAGCCCCUCCGAGGUCCCGGAGUGCCCGCAGCCCGGUGCCCGCCGAGAGGAGACGACAGAGCGGCCAGAGGAGGACGCAGAGGCCCGGCUCAGCGCCCGGUCCACACACACAUCCCUCAGCCAGUUCAGGAUGAAGAGGUUCUUUGUGUUGAGGCCUGGCACUCUGAAUCAGGCCAUCGCAGACGUCAAAACUCUGGUGGAUAAAGAAAUAGACGGCAGCGUUCACAGCGUUUGGCUGAUGGCAGAGGUGGAUCACUGGAACAAUGAGAAAGAGCGUCUUGUUCUCAUUACAGACAAUACUUUCCUGGUCAUAAAGUACGACUUCGUCAUGUUCAACUGUGAACAAAUCCAGAGGAUUCCUCUGAACUUCGUGGACCGGAUCUCCCACGGUGCCUUCAGCUUCCCACAGCGCUCCCUGCUGCAGAGAGAAGGGGAGGGGGUGCGAGUCUUCUGGGACCGACUGAGAGAGCCUACCUUCACCUCCAGGUGGAAUCCCUUCACCACCGACUUCCCUUUCAUCACCUUCACUUACCAUCCUGUGAGGAAUGUCAGUGACAUGUUUACUGCUCUCUGUGAUAUCCAGAUGUUUCGUGAACAGCUCAAAGAUGCAGCACAGAGAGCCCACACCAUGAAGCCAGUUCCAGGGAAGGCCAACGGAGUCCUGGUCCUGAAUCAGAACAUCCAUAUCGACGCAUACGUGGGUCUCAUGUCCUUCUUAGGAAACCAGAACAAACUGGGCUACUCCAUGGCUCGGGGAAACAUUGGCUUCUGAUUUCUCUGUUUUUAGACAUUUUCUGUCAUUGCUUUCACAAGAUGUUUGUUGAUAAGUUUAUUUACAGGGAGUUAAAUUGAGAGGUGAUUUAUCAGAUUCAGCUUUGCUUUUAUUUCACAGUGAAGCGAGGCUCUCAGGAUGUGUUGUGUGUGAUUCCCUCCACUGAUUAUUACCAGUGUGUGGAGUAUGAGUGCUCAGAAAUAUCCACAUUUCAACACCGCUCUUCACUGGAUGACGGAUCCCCGUUGCACUCAAGGAGCUUUGUAUUUGCUCCUCACUGAUAUGGUAAUUCAACUCUUUCGCAAUGGGACUCCUUUCUUCCUCCCCCAGCGUCUCUGUUAAAAGCUCAUUCCCAUGCCUUUCAGCCCCUUAGAGAUUCACUGGAGCAUGGGGGCACAUUUGUCAGUUUAGUUUUAUGCUUCACAGUGUAUUUUUACAGUGCAUACAGUGCUGGAAUUUCCCCUUUGAUUUGUGCGUUUACUGUGUGCUUGCUGCCUUGUUUGGUGUCAUGUGUUUGUCAUGAGAGCCUGUCACAAACAACAAAAUAUAGCUUUGCAUAUUCCUUUUCAUUUUUUUAAGAGUUGAUUCCUUUAAGCGGCAUUUAUGUCUUAUAAAUAUACUUUUCCACUUGAGGAAUGGCUACAAAAGCAGGUCAAAUAACAUAUGAGUAAACUGUCCAACUUUAAAGCAGAAAUAAAUAUGUAUACAGCAUUUGGUGUCAUAAGAUAAUUUCAGCAUUCAUGGUAAAUGUAUAGGGAUGGGAAUUUCUGUAUAACACAUUUAAGUGAUAGUAGGGCUUAAAGUUAUUAAUAAAAGUCAAAACUUCGGUGUGUGGACUAAUCACUAUCUUUCUGACCCUCAUUUUGCAGCUUCUGUUUAUAGAACAAGACCCAGUUCAAGUUCAGUCAGGUGUGGCCACCACUUGUGCAUCAUAAUCUUCUCUCAAUUACUUAGUUUUUGAGGUCACAUUUACCUUGACCUUUGACCUUUCACCUUCAAAUUGUAUAGAGGUGGAGUCCCAACCCAUCUGGUGUUCCCUUUGUAUCAGAAAUAUAUGAACGGCAGUCAGCUGUUAGAAUUUACGUCUAUUGUUUGUUUAUUUAAAAUGUAAAAAGUAAAAAAGUCAACAGUUUGUGGUGGACGUAGUUAGAUAAUAUCCAGUUUAGUGGACUUUCUUAACACAUUACACUUCAUCCCACACCAAAAUGAUUGCUACCUCAGUUUUUUGUUUUGUUUUUUUCUAAAUAAAGUCCCAUGGAUGAA